CUAGUUGUUCAUUCGAGACGACACAACUGCGUGGUUUGGUUUGAUGGCUGCAUAAGGACGUAAAGUUUCCCUUGCAAAUCUCAAGUUUAUAGAGUUUAGCAUAGUUUGCACAUAAUACAUAAUUAUGAUGAGGGGUUGUACGUACGUACUCUGGUGUCUGUGUCCUGUGUAACAACACUCAGUUUUUGCAGAGUUACUAUUUAGUGGUGAAUGUGCAUUUGUUUUGUACUACCAGCAUAGCAGCGUAGAUAAUAAUGCACUAUCAACACAGGUGUAUUUACCCUUUUAAAUAUUGACUUUGACAAAGAAUCAAUUUAUUGGAACUAAAAUUUCGAGCUUUAUUGAGUCGAAAUGCUCACCAAACUAGAACCCAUAUCUGAAGUGAGGGAAGAAGAUGACGAAGACAACGAGGAAUUGUGCCAUGUUCUCAUCACGGAGAGUGAUCCCUAUAAAAAUGGCAAGUCUCAAGUGCAAAUCGGGUCCCAUAACUUAAAUGUGAUUGUUUGUCCUAAAAGUUGUCGGAGUGUGAUGAUUAGUGAUGCUAAAACUGACCCAGAUACUAAUAAUCGUAUGCGUUUGUCUAUUAAUGGGUUCGAUGAAGGGGAAAACGCACCAUUUUUAGACGACCAAAACUCAUCCUUACUCAUACUGGACGAAUUUGUACGAUUUGAUCUCAUCCGGACAGGAGCUUUAUGCUGCACCGGGUACAAAGUGAGCGUGCAAUACGAGGACGAUUUCAUGCUUGGGAAGCAUCGCGUCUCCCAAUCCGAGCUGAACUUUUGUUGCCAAAAUAAUCCUUCAUGGUCAUCAUCCUCGCCGAGCUGUUGCCUCUUAUCACCUUUCCUCCCGUCGACGAAAUCAAUCCAUUUUUUCUCCCGAUCUUAUCCCCCCGAAAAUGAAAUGACUGAGGAAAUGGAAGAAUUCGACGUGGCAAGUAAAACCGUCCAGGGAACGAAAUCUACUCAAAAUGAUCUCAAAAUACCAACAAAGAAAUUUAGGAAUUCAGCAUUUAUCCUCGAAUACCCGUCACUAGUGGCAUGUUUUAGAACCAAUAAAAGACGGAAAUUCGGGGUGAAAGCGUCCUCCUCGCAGAAUGAGAUUGGUUGGAUUGAGACUCAUUCCGAUGUUUUACUCCCGAUAGAAAUUUACCUUAGGAAGAGAGACAAUGAUCUCUCGUACACUCAGAAAUUGACGUGUAGGAAGAUUAGAACGACGGCAUUUCUGAUUCAAAACGAGGCCGGCGAAAAGAUGGGGACGAUCGAGCUGUUCCGCGGAUUUCGUGGCGAUGUUUCCAGCUAUGGCGUGUCAACGAUUGAUGAUUCCCUAGGACCUGAGGGUAAAGCCGUGUUGAUCUCGGCAGCCACUGCUCUGGACGUGGAGGAGCGUGAAUCCGAACUAAAAUGUACAUUCUUCUGGACUCCCGUCAUUGUUGUGGCUGUCAUCGUCCUUUUCAGUAUUCUGCCCUGGAUGCACUACUACAAGAACAAUUUGUGAGUGGGUCAAGAAACGACGUGUGCGGGGCGAGUGCAUUAUUAUACGAAUUACAAAUGUGGACGUGGGGUAAAUGCCAAGAUUGGUUCGUUCUAUACUUGGGAAAAUCACGUGCUUUUGCUGCGAUAUAGAUAUAUAUGUAACCAAGAGUUUUAUGGGUUGACUUAUUUAUGUACCUUGACCAGUAAUAAAAAAAAUGCGCAUAAUUUUUAUUCAGCAAAUCUCAAA